AUGAGCUAUGAUGAAGACUUCAUCUUUGAUCCUUAGAACGAUGAUUAACUUUGUUUUAUUUAGGGAAAUUAGUUUCUAGAUGACCUUUUAGAUUAAAACAAUUAAUUAAAGUUUGAAUGUGAAUAACUUGGAGAUAUGAAUUUUUAGGAAGAAUUCAAUGAAAUAUCUGAUAAUUUGGAUGCUGUUUAGAGAUUGUCAUCUACAAAUAAUUUUGCUAUAGAAAUUGAUUCAAGUUUGAUAAACAAAAAUUAGAUUUUCAAUAAUCAAUAUAAAGUGGAAGAUUGCACCUGUGAAUCCAGGAGUAGAAGUAGAGAGAUUGAAAAAAAUACUGGGAAAAUAAAAAAAUGGACCUAAGAUGAAAAUGAUUUACUAGCAAAUUUGUAUUAUUAAUUUAAUGGAGAUUGGCAGAGGAUUGUUGAAAGAAUGUCAGGAAGAACCAUGGCAUAAUGCAAAUAGUAUUGGCAGAGAAAGCAUAAACCUGAAUAACCCUAGAAAAGCAAAUGGACUCCGGAAGAAGAUUAAUUAAUUUUAGACAAUAUAAAUAAGGAAGAAAACAAUUGGGCAGCAAUAGCUACAAUAUUAAAAAAUAAGACAGGCAAACAAAUACGGGAGAGAUACAUAAAUAAAUUAAGGUCAGAUAUUGUAGAUGUCAAGAAAUAGCCAUGGUCUAAUUCAGAGGAUCAAAAAUUAUUGUAGUUAUAUAAUUAACUUGGAUCUAAAUGGGCUUAGAUUGCUCGUCAUUUUUUCGGAAGAUCUGAUUUGUAGAUCAAAAAUAGAACUAAUAAAUUAUUAAAAACUUAAAGUGGCACAUAACUAUAAUAAGAAAAGCCAAAAUUACAAGUAUAAGAUCUGAAUCUGGAUGGUUAUCUAGAAUUAGAUAAGACUUGUGAAAAAUCUCAAAACAAACCUAAGUUUGAAUUUCCAUAAUUUAAUUCUUAAACAGUCUCUUCUCAAUUAAUUCAAUGA